AGAAAAGCUUGGUUAUUUUGUUAACCUUCACAAUUUUUGUGGACGCAGUAAAAAAAAACAUCUAUUUUCUUUUUUCUCUCUCUUUCUCUCUCUCUCUCUCCUCCUCCCUCUCUCAUGGUGGAUCUUCCCCAGGCUAUUGGCAUCUCCUUUCGAAACUUCUGCAAAUCCUACAAAUCUUUCUUCAAAAAAUGGCAUUCUAAGAUCAAAUCUUCGAAAAAAGAUUCCGAUGUUGAUCAGAAGCGCGAAGGUUCGUCCGACGCCAUUGAUGGACCUUCAAAGGAUCGUGAAGACGUUAAACGCGAAGGACGAGCGACGGCGACGGCGACGGCGACGAAAGGCGUUCCGAGCUUCAGAUAUGGAGGGAGCAUGAGAGAGAAUCAUGAUCCGCUGAGUUUCAGGCCUCGAAGCUACGACAGUGGAUUCUCUCUGUCCCGGAAUGCGAGUCGGAAAAGUCAAAAUACGCAUUCGUCGUCGCCUCUGUUUCGGAGCGUUAGCCGGAGAAGCACGGAAUCGUCGGUGCCGUCUCGGGUCAGCAGCGGGCGGAGGAGCGUCGACUUGGUGUCGUCUCCUCCGUUACUGUCGAAAAGCGGUAGCCGGAGGAGCACGACGCCGAUCAUGUUCUCAAAUUCCUCCGGCGUGCUGAAGCCGGCGCCAAUCGAGAAGCAGCUCGAAUGCACGCUGGAGGAGCUCUGCUUCGGAUGCACCAAGAAAAUCAAAAUCACCAGAGACGUCCUCUCCAACACCACAGGGCAAACGACGGAGGAAGAGGAAACGCUGACGAUAAACGUGAAGCCGGGGUGGAAAAAGGGGACGAAGAUAACAUUCGAGGGGAUGGGGAACGAGAGGCCAGGGAGUUAUCCAGCCGACAUGUCGUUCGUGAUUGCUGAGAAACGACACGCGUUUUUCAAAUGGGAAGGGGACGACUUGGAGAUGACGGUGGAGAUUCCGCUGCUGAAAGCUCUAACUGGGUGCACAAUUUCGGUGCCGCUGUUGGGAGGAGAAGCAAUGAGCUUGGAGAUAGACGACGUCGUAUCGCCUGGCUACGAGAGGAUCAUCCAAGGCCAAGGUAUGCCAAAUCCUAAAGACGAUGACAAGAGAGGCGACUUGAAAGUGAAGUUUCUGGUUGAAUUUCCAACCCAAUUAACUGACCAACAACGAUCUGAUGUUUGUCGAAUUUUAGAGGAUGGUUGUGUCUAAUUUCUAGUUAACGAAUUUUAUUUAGGAAUUAACUCAAUUCUUCUUUUAAUUUGUUUGUUUGUUUUGCUUGUAAUGCAUGUCUUUUGGUUUUUGAGCGAAAAGUGUGCAGUCUUUGCAUUUGAUUUGAUUUAUUUGAGGUAGAACAAGCUUUAAUCUAUCUUUUUUUUUUUUCUUUUUCAUAGAUAGAGCGUCGGCUUUUGUUUGGGACGCUCGUUUCUGACCCUAAUCCUAACUCUCUU